AAGACGAAGAGCUGACAUAUCUUUAUUCAUCGAAUACCAUUAUCAAAUACAAUGCAGAUGGCACAACAACAACAACAUCUUCCGCAACACCAUCCAUCGCAUCACCACCACCACUCGACCAGACCAACGUUUCCACAAGUUUACUCACCGAAAUUCGAGACAUACUAGUUCAUCGCGCCCCAUCAAAUGCUAAUGACGACCCUAACUGCGACGACGUUGAUGAUGACGUUGAUGACCCUAACGACACCGCUCCUAUAAUUCCUGUAUCCGUUUUAAAAACGACAGUUGGACAAUUUGCAAACAAGAAUAACGGCAUAAAUGAUGAGUGCACUCCAUAUUAA